AUGGGCGGCCUAGUUGCGGCUACGGCCCAGAGCGACGAUGGGCUACACUGCGCAUUUUUCUAUGGCGGACGCGGGGGUACGCAGAUGGUCCCCGAGGUGUUUUACUCGGUAUGCUACAACAACAAGGAUGUGCCCGAGGCAAUCGCCAAGCUGCACUCGUUCCACCCUGCCAUCCUGCACGGCUUCUGUCGCCGCCGCGUCGAGUACGCCGACUACCCCGGCAUCACCGAGGACGAGGACCACCAAGUCUUUGGGUCCCAUGUCACGGGCUUGACCGAGGCCAACAUCCAGAAGCUCGACUACUUUGAAGGCUCUGCCUAUGAGCGCCGCACUGUCAAGGUCCGGCUCCUCGUCAAAGUCGGCAACGCCAAGGGCGAAGGCAACGUUGAGUGCGACGAGAAGACGGCCCAGGUCUACGUCUACCGCAACAAGAGGGAUCUCGAGGACAAGGAGUGGGACCUGGAGGAAUUCCGCCGAGAAAAGCUGAAGAAGUGGACGCGGGCUGGCUACGUCUUCGAGGGUGCGUGA